UCAAGCUGCCCCGGCUCAAGAGCAUCAUCAAGUGACGCCGAGCACUCCACCACCAUGUCGCGCUUCGUGGCUAUUCUCCUUGGCGCAGUCUUUGUGCAGAGCUCUGCGUUUGUGGCCCCUGGUGCUCCGCAGCCCGCUUUGCGCUCCGGCCGCUAUGAGCAGAUGCAGCGAGCUGAGAUCCCUCAGGAGACCAACAGCAGCUCGCCUCUUGGGGCAGUUGUGAUGGCUUCCUUCAUGGGCUUGAUCUUGGGCCUCACCAGCCCAAAAAUGGCCUUCGCAGAAGAGAAAAAAGCACCAGUCGUGGAGGACAAGAAGGCAAAGUUGAAGGCAGAGGUUGCGAAAGCCCAGGCAGCCAUCCAGAAGAACGCCAAGAGCAAGGAGGAUCGAUUGAAGGAGCAAAUCGCACAGCUGAAGGAGGUGGAGAAGACUGCUGAUUUGAACUUUGCUACCAAGUGAGGGGGCAACAUUUUUUAUGGGCUGUCCUAGCUCCACAUGUGAUAAUUUGUCUCUUGAAAUGCGACGUGGGAUCGCAGACUUUCUUGCGAAGCGACAAAAGACCAUGCCGCCUAGCAAAAGU